UCGUGCAACGCGCGCGGCGGAAGUGACGUCGCGGCGACCCGAGGCUGAGCGGAAGCGGUGGCGGGAUGAACGCGCCUCCGGCCUUCGAGUCCUUCUUGCUCUUCGAGGGGGAGAAGAAGGGCAGAGCCACAAUCUGCUGCCUGCCUACAGAACCUGCACUUGCCAAAGGGGCAUGUGGGCAGUGGGUCGCAGCUCUGCCCCAGCUCCAUCUUCGCAUCUUGCUCCUGGCCACGUGCCCUGCCCACACAGGUCCUGCCCCCAGCAGUGGGAGUGGGGGGGGAAUGGGCCUGGGCAGCAGACCUGAGUGCAGCAACGGCAGCCAGGAGCUGCCACCACAGGGGUGCUGGAAAGUGGACUCUGUCAUGGGCCUCAUCCGGCCCAUGAGCUGGGCUUUGCCCACCCGUUCUAAUAAAAGCUCUUUUUCCCAUUUUAGGCAGUUACUGAAAGACCCGCAGGUGCUUUUUGCAGGAUACAAAGUACCACAUCCUCUUGAACACAAAAUUAUCAUUCGAGUUCAAACUACUCCUGAUUAUAGUCCUCAGGAAGCUUUCACCAAUGCCAUCACAGACCUGAUCAGUGAACUUUCCCUUCUGGAGGAGCGGUUCAGGGUUGCCAUCAAAGACAAACAAGAGGGAAUUGAAUAAACAUGAAGCUUCAAGCGGA